GCGUGCUUCCGGACCUACAGGGAGUUCAAGGAGUUCCUCUGCGCCUACCAGCAGGCCUACGGCUCCCGCUAUGGCCUGCGCAGCUGCACCUCAGUGCGCUUCCACAACCGGGAGCACGGCACGGCCGUUCGCGAGGAUGUGAUGUAAGGCGGCCGCCUCCUGGCGUCGUGCAGGCCUUGGCCCGCCGGCAGCAGCAUGUGCUGCAGAGCCUCUGAGCCCUCGGGCCUCGCCUGUCCCUGGGCUGAGAUCCCACAUGCAUGUGGCAGGGCCACACCUGCCUCCAGGGAAGGUCACACCAGUAGCGUUGCGGUGCUGGUAGUGUCAUGGCCCUGCUGCUGUGAGGCCAAGCUGUGCCUUACACUCACGUGUGCUUUCCAUGCUAUCCCCUAUGCAGCUCUGCUGCCUCGUGGUUGUUGCUCAGCACUGUUCUGCUCUGCCUUUGGUGUUCUCUCUGCACCUUGUAGUGAAAGCUGUAGUCUGAUGUUUGAAAUGAUGCGGUUGUGGCACUGUUAACUAUAGCUGCAGCCUUUUUCCACUGAAGUGGUAGCUCAUUAAGUGUUGGCAUCCAAUAGUGUUCCCUGGCUGCUUAUAGCCAAUGUGUUGGAAAGGAUUUUUCAGGAUUCCCUUUCAUAGUGCUGAGUUCUGCAGGCCUUCACUGUCCCUGCUGGGGCCAGGCCUUGCUCCUUAGGAUGUAACUUAAUCUCAUGUCUCAAAGCCUGCUCCUGCAGAUACAGAGAGUUGCAAACAUUUUAUGUGCAUUAAGGGAGUGAAACAUGCGGAUAGCAGAAACUUUCAUCAGUGGAUGCUGCUUCUGGCGAGCAGGUUCAUGCAGGUGAAGUUUGGUUGUACCCGGACUCAAAAGUACAGUAAGAAAAGGAAGCAGCAGCCCAAUUUAUGUCCAGCUUACUUUGUUUUGCAAUAUGAUGAGGACAUAGACCACCUUGUGAUCAGUGAACUAUGUAGUGACCACAUACAUGUGGACACAGAGACUCUCCUGUCCGGAAGCAUAACCAGAGGAGCCAGCACCACAGCAGAUGGCAGCCCUGCAGUCAAGCUGCGCAGGCAGCAGGCAGGUGGGACUGAAAGCUCCAGUGUGGUGAAUGAGAACUUGCCUGAAGCUGAGCAACUUGUGGAUGAAGCAUCCGCCCUGUGCAGGGUUUCUGUGCUCUCAGAGGCAGGGAAGGAAAAUGACUUUGCCUCAGCAGCAGCCAGAGUCACUGAAGUAGUGAAAAACUGCCUGAAUGCAGAUAGCGGAGCACUGGCUUCAGUUGAUGUAGGCAGUGACCAAGGGCUAGAGAGACUCAAUUUCCAGACCAGCAAGAUGAAGAGCUUAUUUAUGAAGUUUCCUGCCAGCCUUCUGCUGCACAGGGUGCAGAGCCAGAGAGGACAUGUUCUCUAUGUGCUCUUAGUAGAGAGUAAAGAGCGAGUGGGGAAGAUCGUGCACUGGUCAGUCCUGAAAGCUGACACAGGACAGAGCAUCAGCAAAAUGCUGACUGUUUUCAAGGAGUUCAAUCCUGAGUGGCAAAAAGUGAAGGUUGUUUUCGUGGACGCGUCCUUUCUUCACAAAGCUGUCCUUCACGAGCUCUUUCCUUCAGCUCAGGUGCUCCUUUCUGUCUACCACACUGUCCGACUGCUUGAGGAGAACGUGAAUGCAGCGAAAAUGCCAUGUUUUGCCAAGUACAAAAUGAAGCUGGCCUUGAAGAAAGCAGUAUUUUCCACUUCGGCUGACAGUCUGGACGCUCUGUCUCAGAUGGUGAAGAACGUGGUUAACCCAGAGCUGUACAACUACCUCCAGGACAACUGGUUCUCCUGUGAGCUGCUGUGGUACAUGCAUACCAAGAAAGGUCUUCAUUCAUGCAGUGCACACAUUGACAGUCUGGAUCUCAUUACACACCGGAUAUCUGCUCUCUUUGGCCAGCACUCCUCCUUGGAGGCAAGUGUUCUCCAUUUACUGGAGUGUGCAGACUGUCUCGAUUCCAAACUUCUGGAAAGCUCCAGCUGGAGUCCCUCAUGCACCAAGGACUGUCAGAGAGGCUUCCAAGAGAAACCUGAAGUGCAGGCGUGUGCUGCCGCAGAACCAGACCCAAUUCUUGUCUCACAGGUUCUAACUGAGGGCCCUGAGCCUCCCAGGCAGAUGGCGCCCAGCGCAGUGGUGGAGGGGCAGGGCUGCAUGCUGGAGGCGCUGCGGGGCAGCUGCACGGCACUGGGCUACCAGCUGUGUGCCAGCGAGUGGGAGGUGGUGCAGAUGUCCACGCAGCUGAUCAGCGCUGUGCCGGGCGGUGUGGAGGUGAGGCUGCUGGAGGAUGCGCACCGGGUGAGUGUCGACUGCUGGAGCUGCAGCUGCUCCUUCCAGCACCGCUACCGCCUGCCCUGCCGCCACGUGCUGGCCGUGCUGCACGCCGACCGCAGGAGUGUGGAGGGCGGCAUGGUGGGGCACCGCUGGCAGAGGAAGUACCGGCAGCACACGGUGCCCGCGGAACUGCCGGAGCACGCAGGUACCCGGGUGGAGGCGGAGGGCCGGUGGGACAGGAUCCAGGCGCUCAGCAAGGAGCUGGCCAACCUGCUGCUGCAGAGCGACGGGGCGGAGCUGGAGGAGCGCAGCUCCGCGCUCAGAGCCAUCGUGAACGCCUGGACGGAGGCAGGCGGGGGCAAGGAGCGCGGUGCGGCGGCGGGCCCGGCCGCGGGCGUGAAGCGGGAGGCGGCGGGGCCGCCGGGAUCGGGCGCGUUCCCGUGCGCUGCGGGCGCGGGGCCGCCUUCUCCGCACGGGGGCGCUGCGGCGGACGCGCCAUGACGUCACGGCGCGCCC